GCAAGUCAAUGAAGGUCUAGCGAAAAAUUGUAUACUACAGAAUCAAAAGAGAAAAGAAAAAAAGAAAAAAGAAAAGAAGAAGAAAAAGCAUAUUUAAUAUCUUGAGUCUUGACGAAGAAAAUGAUGGGGAAAUUAGGUGAAGCAGAGAAAUAAAUUAGGGAUUGGGAAUUUGAAAGAAAAUGGGGUUCACUGAUUUUGUGUCCGAAAACAUUGGAUUUGCAGAAGCAGUAGUAUUCAGCGCCGCCCCCAAGUCUGGCGCCCGCUUCCAAUGGGGCGGAACCUUCUUUGCCUUAUUAUUGUUGAUUCUAAACCGAACAGGCCCGCACAGAUCGUCUAUGCAAACUAAUCUUUUAGUAUUUUUUCUCUUCACAAGUUUCCCAAACUUUCUAUUCAAUAUUGUUAGAGGAUCGUUUGGAUAUUGGAUUUCAUUUUUUGCUGUUUCAGCACACCUCUUCUCUCCAGAAGAUUUUCCAGUUUCGCGUUUUAUCCUUUUCGUCAUCACACCUGAUUGGAUCGCCAAGGGACUGCGAGGUAGCUCCGCAGGCUGCAUCUUUUGUCUCACAAUCGGAGUUUUUCUUGUGCUAACGAAGCUCCGGAUUAUGACAGCAGAUGAUGAAUUCCAAUUCAAUUAUAAUUGCUUUUGGUAUUUUCUUUGUAUAGUAGCUCUAAUCUUGUUUACAAUAACGCUAUUCUAGAAUAAUGAGUUCAAUUAGAAUGGACAUUGAUGUUUUGCUAAUGAAUGAAUCAUUUGAUUUUGCUUGUGCUGAAGGUGAUCAUAAUGCUGAGU